GAUUCAGAGACUGUAUCUGGCUGUGCUUCGGCCCUUCUCAUGUCCUCUUGUGGGAUCUCGGCAUGCUGUCUGCAAGACUCUUCUUCAAGAAUCUGAAAGUGGUUUUGCAAUUCUACAGAAACAGAAUUCGGAGACUUGUGAAGAACUGCCAAAAAGGCAUUUCAAUGUGACUGUGCAUCCUGUAGUAACCAGAGGAGUGAGAAGACCAUCUUCUUUCACUUGGAAGAUCUUCCUGCAAAAUAAUCUGUGGUGAAGAUUUCAUUCCACACCACUUCUACCUCGUUUUAUGUGUUUUGGUCAGCUAUGGCUUGGGAACUCUGUUUAUUGCUUCUUUUAUGGCUUACUGGGAGAACAAAUUCUGAAGUGCAGCCUUUAUACCAACCACCAUCUGAUACUCUGGAUUUUGGAUAUGUUCCUGCAAAAACAUACGAUACUAGUAUAUACCAUGAACCUGGAGCAAUAGGGAUUUUGUUCCGAGUAGUCCAUGCUUUCCUCUAUUUAGUGCAACCAAAUUAUUUUCCUCAAGAUCUUAUUAAAAAACUAGCACAGCAGUCAUUGGGAAGUAAACGAGGUGAUUAUGAAAAGGCUGCUUACUAUGAAAUAGGUUUUAUAGUUUCAGCUGCUCUGGGAGUACUGUUUGUUGUAUUCGUGCCUCUGGUGGGGCUCUGCUUCUGCAUGUGUCGCUGCUGUGACAACUGCGGUGGAGAAAUGCACCAAAGGCAGAAGAAAAAUGCAGACUGCCAGAGGGGCUGCUUUGCUACAGUUCUUUUUGUUGCUGCUUUAUUAAUCAGUGUUGGUGUACUUUUUGCUUACGCUGCUAACCAGCAUCUCACAAUGCAAGUCAGAGGAGCAAAGAAGCUGGUGAACAGUAAUUUCAAAGACCUGCGGACUUUUCUAAAUGAUACUCCUGGGCAAAUUGAUUAUUUGGUGAGUCAGUAUAACACUACCAAGAAAAAAGCACUUUCUGACCUUAAUAAUGUUGGCUCAUUGCUUGGUAGCAGAGUCCAAGAGCAGCUGGGAAAGGAGGUGCGCCCUGCACUUGAUGCAGCCCUAACCAUGGCUGGAGCUAUUAGAGAAACAAAGGAAGCACUGGAGAAUGUGAGUGUAUCUGUGGAAGUCUUACAGGAAGGCACUGAGAGGCUUCAUUCCAACUUGACAGAAGUGAAAGAACACUUGAUCAACACACUUAAUGAUUCUGCAUGCACAGCUGCCCAAGCUGCAUCAACUUGCAACGUCAUCCGGAAUUCCUUAAAUCAGCUAGACAUCAAUGCCAACUUUAGCAAGUUGCCAGGUGUGAACGCUCAGCUUGCCAGAGUCAAUGAAGUCCUUAAAAUAGACCUAUCCAGUCUGGUUCAGAAAGGCUAUGCAGCAUUUAACAAUACUCCAGAUUUGGUACUCAAUCAAACAAGGAACAUUUUGUCAGCCAUACCCUAUAUAAAAGGUGUACUGGAAGCUAUUGGUUCAAAUAUCACGGCUUUUACACAAAUGCUUCCUGUCCAGAAGGUACUAGCAGACUUCACAAUAUAUCUUACUCAGAGCGAGGCAUAUGUUCAAGAUCAUUUUCCAUUAGUGGAGCAGUAUGAUUUUUACAGGUGGCUAGGUUGCUUAAUUCUGUGCUGCAUGGUGAUACUGAUUCUUGUAUUUUAUUAUCUGGGACUAUUAUGUGGCACCUGUGGUUAUGACAAAAAUGCUACUCCAACAACAAGAGGCUGUAUCUCAAAUACUGGAGGAAAUUUCUUGAUGGCUGGAGUUGGAUUCAGUUUCCUCUUCUCUUGGGCUCUUAUGCUAAUAGUAGUAGUCACUUUCAUCACUGGUGGAAAUGUGGAAAAGCUUGUGUGUGAGCCAUUUGAAGACAAGACUUUGUUGAAAUUUCUGGACACUCCCUACUUGUUGAAUCGUCAAUGGAAACAUUAUCUUUCUGGCAUAAUUUUAAAAAAUCCUGAUAUUGACUUGACCUUUGAAAAGGUUUACAGUGACUGCAAAGAAAACAAAGGCAUUUAUCCUACCCUUCACUUGGAAAGAAUCUUUAAUAUCCAUGAAAUUCUGAAUGUUAACAUGUAUGCAGAAGAUGUAUCACUUAAAAUCAAGCAUAUUAAUGUAAAUCUAAGCAAUAUAGUUCUGCUGGAUGGAACUGGAAAGCAGAAUCUGAUGAAUUUCAGUGCUUCAGGAAUAAAUGAGAUAAAUUUUGCUGCAUACUUAUCAGAGAUCAAUAAGAGUGUUACCAAAGUGGAUCUCUUGUCAUUUGCUAAUGAUUUAGAAGCCAGAGCAGACCAGCUGCCCAAAGGAGCACUGGAAAAUGCUUUAAAAGGACAUGCAAAUAAUAUUCGGAUGAUACAUAACCAACAAGUUGUUCCAUUGGAACAAGCGAUGAGUACUUUAAACCAGAGCAUAAGAUUACUGCAGAAAACUUCAUCAGAACUUCCGGGAAAAGUAAAAAAUGUGAUCAGUGCUGUUGAUGCUGCUCAACUUCUUAUAAACAGCAAUGCUUCAUUAGUUAUUAUCCAGGAAACAAAAAAGUACAUGGAUACCAUAAUAGGAUACUUUGAGCAAUAUGCUGAAUGGGUGAAGGAAUCGAUAACUAUGGAAGUAGCAACAUGUAAGCCCAUUGCCAAUGUGAUUGAUACAAUUGUGGAUAUAUUUCUGUGCAGCUACAUAACAGAUUCUUUGAAUGCUUUCUGGUUUGGUCUGGGAGGCUGUUCAAUAUUUCUUAUCCCUGCCAUCAUUUGUGCUGUAAAAUUAGCCAAAUUCUACCGUAGGAUGGAUACAGAAGAUGUGUACGAUGAUUUGGAAAAUGGUAAUAAUGGUUAUCAUAAAGAACAUUUGUAUGGUAUACACAAUCCGAUUAUGGCAAGCUCUGUGGAACAGUGGUAGUGCAUACUGGUAACAUUAAGUUUUUGGAAAUAAUCUUCAGAUUUUAACAAGGGAAAACACCAUCACUGUUGAAUUCUGAAUCCUGAACCAUCUAGUCUGGGACUUAUACAGUAAAUUAUUUUGAAGUACCAUCAAUGCAACUGUUGGUUUCCAGUACCAGUUUUCCACUGGAACUUCCACAUUACGUAGACAGGGUAGUUUGGAUUUUGUGCUCAUUUUUUUAUUUGUUUCAGACUAGCCACCAGUUUGGAACUACUGAAUUCCUCUUACAAUGUCCAAGGAUGUUAAUAAAUUAUAUAUGUGUGUGUGAUUGUGUUUACAUGAAGAUUGCAUUAUGUGUACAGACACUUUUGUAUAUGUAUUUUUACAGCUGUCUUACAGCAGAUUUUUAAAAAAUACUGUUUGUUAUACUUCACAAGCAACCAGUUCAGCAUGAUCAGUGUUUCUUUGGUGCUGACUGAUAAUUGCAAAAUACUGUAAAAAUCUAAAAAUCUGCAGUCUUUUUUGUGUUCAGAAAAGUUACUGUAAAUAGUCAUGUUUUUUCCUUGUUCUGAAUUAUUGGAUGAAAUCCAGUAAUAAGUUGCACUUGAGUCACUGAGGAUUUAAUUCAAUGGACCUAUUUUAGUUGUGA